AUGGCGGUGUGGACGCGCGCCCGCAAGGCCGGGCUGGUGGAGGUGCUGCUGCGGGAGCGCUGGGUGCGGGCGCUGGCCGAGCUGAGCGGGGAGGCGCUGGCGCUGAGCUCCGAGCCGGAGCCGCGCAACGGGCUGCCCAACGGCGCCGCCUCGCCCGCCGCCUCCCCCGAGCGGGCCGCCGGAGCCCCCUCGCCGCCCUCCCCGCCGCGGGGCUCGGCGCCGGGCUCCCCCCCGGCCGGGGUGCGGCGCGUGCGGGUGGUGAAGGCGGAGGCGGGCGGGCUGGGCAUCAGCAUCAAGGGCGGGCGCGAGAACCGCAUGCCGGUCCUCAUCUCGCGCAUCUUCCCGGGCCUGGCGGCCGAGCGCUGCGGGGCGCUGUACCUGGGCGACGCCAUCCUGGCCGUCAACGGCCUGGACCUCCGCGACGCCACCCAUGACCAGGCCGUGCAGGCGCUCAAGCGGGCCGGCCGGGAGGUCCUGCUGGAAGUGAAGUACGUGCGGGAGGCCACUCCGUACAUCAAGAAGCCGUCACUGGUGUCCGACCUGCCGUGGGACGGGGCGUUUCCGCAGUCGCCCAGCCUCAGCCUCAGCCUCAGCGAGGAGUCGUGCUCCCCCAAGCGCCAGAGCCCCCCCCAGGACCGCAAAGUCAUCCCCUUGAAGAUGUGCUACGCUGCCAGGAACCUGAGCAUGCCAGACCUGGAGAACAGGCUGAUUGAACUUCACUCGCCCGACAGCCGGAACACCCUGGUUCUUCGCUGCAAAGACGCGGCCACGGCGCAUUCGUGGUUCAUGGCCAUCCACACCAACAUCAUGGCCCUCCUCCCACAGGUCCUGGCUGAGCUCAAUGCCAUGCUGGGGGCCAGUCCUGCACCAGGCGGCAGCAAGGAGGUCAAGCAGAUCGCCUGGCUGGCCGAGCAGGCCAGACUCGAUGGCGGGAGGCAGAAUUGGCGGCCGGUCCUCUUGGCCGUGACGGAGAAAGACCUGCUGCUCUUCGACUCCGUGCCCUGGACGAGGGACGCUUGGGCCUCCCCCUGCCACAGCUACCCACUGGUGGCCACCAGGCUGGUGCAUUCAGGCUGCCGGUCGCCCUGCCUGGGAUCAGACCUUAGCUUUGCCACACGGUCGGGCUCUCGCCAGGGCAUCGAGGUGCACGUUUUCCGCGUGGAGACCCACCGUGACCUCUCCACCUGGACCAGGACGCUGGUGCAAGGCUGCCACGCCGCUGCAGAGCUCGUCAAGGAGGUCUCCGUAGGCUGCAUCUGGAACAGCCAGGAUGUCCGGCUCACGGUCCACUAUGAAAACGGCUUCACCGUGUCCAGCAAGGGAGCUGGUUCUGCCGGCAUCCUCCUCCGGUACCCUUUCGAGAAGCUGAAGAUGUCUGCUGACGAUGGGGUGCGACACCUGUACUUGGACUUUGGCGGCCCAGAGGGGGAACUGGCCCUGGAGCUGCACUCUUGCCCCAAGCCCCUGGUCUUCGUCCUGCACACCUUCCUCUCGGCCAAAGUGACCCGCCUGGGCCUCCUGGCCUAGCACAGCCGCCGCCGCUGCAGCCGCCCCGCCUGGUUCCUGGCCUUGGGGAAGGCCCCACCUGCCAGCCUCAGUGCCUUGCCUGGACUUGGAGCGGCCCCGUCUCUCCCCUCCCGAAGGGCUCUGGGGAGGCUGCGGCCUUUAGCCCUUUGCCUGGUCAGGGCAGGGCAGGCGGGAGCCGUCGAAGGAGAAAUUCUCUGGUUGGGCCGUGUGAAGCCAUCGUUCUGUUCCACUUGCCAGAUGUGCCUUUCAGUGGUGGCCGGGAAGAGAAAGGAAGCUUCCUCCCUUGGGGGCCCGGCAUGCCACGGAGUCCGAGUUGUGCCCUGUUGCUGCUGCUGCUGUUGCUGUGGGGGAGGGGAGGCUGGGGGCUGAGGCUGAGCUGCCUGCCGGGUUCCAAAUGAGAAGAGCCCCCAAAGUCUGGAGAGAGGCCCUCUGAGAGGCUCUGUUCCCCCCUCCAAUUCGAGUCUUAGCCUGAGAACCUGAAAGAAGCAGCCUCGGCUGAAGAGAUUCUUUUCAGUGUGAGAGGAACCAGGGCAGGGAAGUCGAGUAGCUUUCUUGGUGCGUCUCCAGCUGGCCAUGCAGAGCCCCCCCUCCCUUCCUACAAAGGGAGACGCUCUUUGAAGCAGGUUGACCGGCUUCCUUCCCCAUUUUGACACUGACCGUUAACACUAGAGUAGCCAAGGCCAGGUCACAAUUUGUAUUGCUCAUCUUCCUCUGCAGAACCUCCUCCAACUUGAGUGAAUGUAUCCGCAAUUCCUAAGGGGGCAUUUCAAAAAACACUCAGCACCUGCCAAUGCAGACUAGCCACAAAAUAGGCCCUCCCUUCCCCCUAGGCCCAGAAAGGACAGGGAUCUUGCCAUGGAGGCCCGGGAGUAGAGCCAGAGGUCGCCGCCUCCUUUGCUGCUGGUGCCUGCGGUCUGGAAUGGGCCUUGGCAUCAGUUGGGAAGGGAACGGCCCUCUCCUCUGACCUUUGAGCCUCCAUCCUUUUAGGUCCCUGGGCAAGUCAGAGACCCUCUUGGCCCAGGGGAAGGAAGGAGGGGGCCAAAGGCUCCCCGAUUCCUCCUGUGAAGGAUUUGGG